UCAGUGGAGAAUUUGGAGGAUGACAAGGCAUCAAAUCCGCCUACAACUUUUCCUCUUAACCCAUUACCUUUUCCCGAUCAUCUUCUUUCCAAGCCCUCGGUGAAACAAAUACAGACAAUUUCCUUCCCGGCAUAGAAAUGGGUUGCUUCAGUCGGUCACGCAGUCCUAAGCCCAAAACCUCCCCUCCCACCUCACCUCCGCCGCAGUACCAAACCCAGAACCCUACUCAGCAAUACCAACAACCCAAAAACCUCCAGCAGCAAGUCCUCUUCCGAAUCCCAGGAUGCAAAGUCCACCUCAUGGACGAAGGAGAAACCCUAGAGCUCGCAAACGGCGACUUCGUCCUCGAAAACAUCUUGGAAAACAACGUCUCGCUCGCCACCAUAAUCAAAGUCGGCGAAGAAAUUCAGUGGCCGUUGACAAAUGACGAGCCGGUUGUGAAGCUCGACGCUUUGCACUAUCUCUUCUCCCUCCCCAUGAAAGACGGCGAUCCUCUGAGCUACGGCGUGACAUUUCCCGACCAAUACGAAAGUAACUUGGGGUUUCUGGACUCGUAUUUGAAAGAACACUCUUGCUUUAGUACCACAUCGACCAAGAAUAAUAAUAAGGGGGUUGAUUGGAAGGAGUAUGCUCCAAGGAUUGAAGAUUAUAAUAAUGUGUUGGCCAAAGCAAUUGCAGGAGGGACUGGUCAGAUUGUGAGGGGAAUCUUUAUGUGUAGCAAUGCUUACACCAAUCAGGUCCAAAAAGGAGGGGAAACGACAUUGGCUCGUCCCGUGGAGGGGAAAAGUUAUGUCAAAGAACAAGGAAGUAAUAGCAGCGAAAGGUCUGCUGCGAAAAAGAAGAAUGGAAUCAACGUGAACUUAAAACGUGUGAAAAAUUUGUCAAAGAUGACAUCAGAGCUGAGCAAAUCUAUGCUUGAUGGGGUUGGUAUUGUGACCGGAUCGGUGAUGGGUCCGGUGGUUAAUUCCCAAGCAGGGAAGGCAUUCUUUGCCAUGGUUCCGGGAGAGGUCCUCUUGGCUUCACUUGAUGGCAUCAAUAAGAUUUUGGAUGCAGCUGAAGUUGCUGAGAAACAAGCUCUUUCUGCCACCUCAGGUGCUGCAACUAGAAUGGUCAGCAACAGGUUUGGGGAGAGUGCAGGGGAGACAACCGAGGAUGUGUUUGCAACAACAGGGCAUAUUGCUAACACUGCUUGGAACAUCUUCAAAAUUAGAAAGGCCAUCAAUCCAGCCUCAUCUGUCAAAACAGGAGUACUCAAGAAUGCUGCCAAAAGUAGAAACCAAUAUGCUUAAAAGCCAUCAGUGAUUCGUUAAUUAGUGUUGGAUAUUUGAUGGAGGUUGGGAUAGCAAUUAAUAUCUAAAGUUUGCUACUAUGGAUUGACUCUAAUCUUGCUAUUGUACUUAUGCUUAACAAAAAACUGCAUAUUGGAUGUGGGAAUUUCAAGUUGAAA